CUGUUGUUAAAUUAAAAAAAUUAAAAAUAAAAUAGAGAGAGAGUGAGAGAGUGAGAGAAAAAAAAUGUAAAAAAGAGGGAUACGUUUAUUGUCUCCACUGAAAAACGAGAAAAGCGGAAAAUUACCGACUGAGCCAGUCGCCGGUGAAAAAGCAGAUGCAAUCUACUCCUGUCGGCAGUCGCAGCUCCGGCGGCGGAGGGGGAGAAGGGGGAGGAGGAGGAGGAGGAGGGGAGGGGCCUCGCGGUGGUGGGCUGUCUCGGAUCCGUUCAGCUCCGGCGACUUGGCUCGAAGCCCUGCUUGAGGAAGACGAAGAAGAUGCUUUGAGACCCAACCUUGGCCUGACCGAGUUACUCACUGGAAACUCACCCGGCUUACAGCAGGGAGCGACGACGAGUCGGAACACGUUCGCGUUCCCGAGUCCGACGGAGCAGGGAUUGUACCAACAGGCUGGGUUUCACCGGCAGAACAGUUCUCCGGCGGAUUUUCUGAUUGGCUCCGGUGUUGGGUCCGAUGGGUAUUUCUCCAACUUCGGGAUUCCGGCCAAUUACGACUACUUAUCGGACAACGUCGACGUUUCGCCGUCGAGUAAGGCUCCGAGGGAAAUGGAAGGCCACUUCUCAUCAUCUCCUGAGUUUGCUUCUCCGAUGAAAGGAGAGCAGAGCAGUGGGCAAGUUCCGGUCGGGGUAUCGGAUAUGAACAUGGAAAAGCUUCUGGAGGAAUCGGUGCCUUGUAGGGUUCGUGCAAAACGUGGCUGUGCAACUCAUCCUCGUAGCAUAGCUGAAAGGGUUCGAAGAACGAGGAUAAGUGAUCGGAUAAGGAAACUACAAGAGCUUGUCCCUAACAUGGAUAAGCAAACCAACACUGCCGAUAUGUUAGAAGAGGCCGUGGAGUACGUGAAGUCUCUUCAAAGGCAGAUCCAGGAGUUGACGGAGCAUCAGAAGAGGUGCACAUGCAGACCCAAGGAAGAACAAUAAUAGGGUUUGCUUGGAAAUAUUUUUCUCAUAUGCGAUCUCAUAUGAUAAUAUAAAUAUACAUACAUACAUAUAUAUAUAUAUAUAUAUAUCAUUGUAUCUGCAUCUAUGGAACCCAAGUGACCUUUUAGAUUACAUAUAAAACGUUGCUGUAAAUUUUUUUAUUCAAUAAAAUAUAUUCUUUAA